AUCCACCACCACAGCUCCACUCCACCAUCACCACCACUCCACAACACAACUCCAUCAAUACCAUCAACAACCGCAUCUGCCAUGGCUCGCACUAAGCAGACUGCCCGCAAGUCCACGGGUGGCAAGGCCCCUCGUAAGCAGCUCGCCUCCAAGGCCGCUCGCAAGUCCGCGCCAUCUACCGGUGGUGUCAAGAAGCCCCAUCGUUAUAAGCCAGGAACGGUCGCUCUCCGUGAGAUCCGUCGCUACCAGAAGUCGACUGAGCUCCUCAUCCGCAAGCUGCCUUUCCAGCGUCUUGUCCGUGAGAUUGCCCAGGACUUCAAGUCGGACCUCCGCUUCCAGUCCUCCGCCAUCGGUGCUCUCCAGGAGUCCGUCGAGGCCUACCUCGUCUCUCUCUUCGAGGACACGAACUUGUGCGCUAUUCACGCCAAGCGUGUCACCAUCCAGUCCAAGGACAUCCAGCUCGCCCGCCGUCUCCGUGGUGAGCGCGGUUAAGUGCAUCAUCACCUCGACAUGACAACAUAUUCGGGUCGGCGAUGAGUUCUUGAGGGGGUUUCUUAGGCGUUUUAUAGGGUAUCACGGUUCACGGUCUUCAACUCGGUUUAUGG